AUGGAUGGUAGUUCAGAGGAAACCAAGGGGAAAAAACCAAAACCUGGUCCACCCACUCAGGCAACUAACAGUGGCCCAAGAAACUCUAAUCCCGUGAAGGAGAACUUUACUAAGAAAAUGGAGAGCCCUAGGAUGCACUCAUCAAGGAACAAGACUGGGUUGGAGAAGAAACAGUAUGUGAAGCCAGAACCUACCAAUGUGGCCACGACUUCAGCACUUAGUAGAGGAGAUAAGGAGCAGGAUAUUAGCGGAGGCAGCAAAGGAGAGCAAUCUAGGGAUCUUGGAAAAAAGAACCCUAAGCUGAAUGGGAAUUUCCAAAAGAAAGGUGUAGUGAAGGAUGGAGGGCCUUAUAAGGUGGUGAAGACUAAAGACAAAGAGAAGCAACCAUUAUCUCCGAGUGAUGAUGCUCAAAAGGAAGGGAGUCAACCUGAAGCCCUGGUUAAAGGUGAGGAUGCCUUAUCCUUAUUGAAAUCCGCUUCUUAUUAUGAGAAAGAUCAAGACUUUGAUAAAGUCCUAAUGGACAUGGGGGGGGGGGGGGUUGUGGGAAAGAAAGAGUUUCCAGCACUCAUAAAAGACCUGAAAUACAGAUUUAGAAUUAAUGUCUUAGCCUUCCUUGAGACUAGAAUUAGUGGGAAAAAAGGUGAUAAAAUUAUCAGCAAACAUGGGUACCCUAACCCUUACAAACAGGAAGCAAUAGGGUUCUCAAGUGGUAUUUGGCUAGUGUGGGAUGAUAGGAAAGUGAAGGUUGAGAUCCUUCGUAGCCAUCAUCAAUUCAUCCAUACUAGAAUUUACUUUAAGGAUGAUGAUAAAGUUGAUUAUGUUACUUUUGUUUAUAGGAGUCCAAACAAAGUGAUUAGGAAAACUCUAUGGAUGGAACUGGAAGAUUGGUGGCAAGGAGGUGUGUUGGAGAAGUGUGGGGGAUAUGCAGCAGUGCUUGACAAAUUGCCAAUUAUGAUCUUAAAUGAAACAUAUAGUAGCCCUCCUUUGGAAGCUAAACAUUUCAUAUUUUUGGCUUCAUGGUUAACUUUGGAAGAUUUUGGGAGAGUGGUUAAAAAUAGCUGGGAGAAGUUUGAUAACUGGUCCCCGGCAAGAGAUGAUUUUGAAAUUGAAGCUAAGUUGUGGCAUCAGAAUGUGUUUGACCAUAAUACUAAGCUGCUGCAGAAGAGUCUGUGGAGGGACUUGCGAGCCAUCUUGUUAAGAGAGGAAAUGGCUUGGUUCCAGAGAUCCAGAUGCAAUUGGAUGAAAUUUAGGGACAAAAAUACAAAAUUUUUCCACUCAACAACCAUUAGUAGAAGGAGACACAAUAAGAUCCUGACCCUGAAGAAUAACCAAGGGGAUUGGAUUGCUAAUAAAGAUAAGCUGAUUAGCAUGGUUGUUAGCUUCUAUGAGGAGCUAUUUUCGGCUGGAGAAGAGGAUGAUGGUGAUUUUCCCCUUAAGGGUGCAUUCCCUAGUCUCUUCUCUAGGGAAAAGGAGAAGCUGGAUGCUGCUCCUAGUCAUGAGGAAAUUAAAAGAAUUAUAUUCAAGAUGGGGAAGUUUAAGGCUCCUGGCCCUGAUGGUCUCCAAGCAAUCUUUUUCUAG